AUGACCAAGACUAAAAAUACAGCCAACAGAAGAGGCAACCAAAAGGCUGAAAUAAGAAAACUCUAUAUCUUUAUUAGUGAACUCUACAAAAGAUGCCGUACAACUUAUAAUAAACAUAUGAGUGCAGUUGAUGAGAAAUUCAAUAGAGACAACAGUAGUGUCUUUUUCAGAGAUGCAACGUCUGAUGAUGAAUCAGAGACAGAUUUGAAUGAAUUGUUUGACCAUCUGGACGAACUUGCAGUUCCAGACUUAGGAAAAAGGGCAAACCAGUUAAAAACACGACGCUUUGUACCAGUAAAAAAGCUAAUUCCUUGUGGCUUGGUUGUUAAAAUGUCUACAUGGGCUCGAUGCUAA